AUGUCCUACAGCACUAAUUUGCAACCCCCUCAGCCCGUCCCUGGCCUUAAACUAACCGUACAAUUCGUCAUCAGCGAGCGUGAUGGCCAACCCCACAUCACCAUCCGACCCAUUGUCAAUCAUCGCCGUCUCCUUUGUCUUGUCGGCAACCGCUGGUUCAUGCCCUGGGAAGAACGCAUCCAAUCCACCAUCACCUUCCCUCCUGAGCGCGAGGAGCUUCGUCGAUACAUCCGCGAUCAAAUGCUCUGGUGCGACCCAACCGGCGUAGUUCAAGCGACCGAUGACCAAAUCAUCUUGAAGGGAAUUCCUGAAGUUCUUCUACAGUGGAGAAUCCGCGCUCAGCAUGCCGAAAGCAGGGAUCAGGGAAGGAGUUGGUGUCAAGGACCGGUGUUGUCGAGGAAGGCGGAGCAAUUUGUUGGACUCUUUAGGCUUGUGGAGGUGGAAGAGAUCGAUUGGGUGGGGGUGGAGAUGAGUAGGGAUGGGUGGGGUGAGGUGUUCAAGCAGCUGGUGAAGGGGAGGAGGGAGUUGGUGGUUGGGGAGACGAGGGUGAGGGCACUUCCGCGGGGAGGGUUGGAUGUCGAGCGGAAGAGGUUGAUGUUUUGGAGUUCUCUAGUUUAGAAUGGGACAUGGAAGGGACAGAGGUGGUUUGGGAUACUACUAGGGAAGAAGUAUAAGGGUUGGGUUGCCAGCCACUGACCAUGGGACUGAGAAUAGGGAAGGCAAUGAGUGUGGGCGGACCUAUCAUCGGUCUCCAUAUGGAAAGAGGAGGAUCGAAUGAAAUGAAAGAAGCAGCUGAUAAUCAACUUGGUCUAUU